AUGAAUUCAUUAUAUCCUAUUGAGACAGGAUUUAUUAAACCUAAUAAAACAUAUAUUUUAUGGAGUUUAUUAUUAAUUAUUAGUAAAUUUACUUAUUUAUCAUUUAUUGAAUGUAAUGCAUUUCAAAGUCAUUUAAUUUAUUGGGAUCCAGAUAAUAUUGUAUUUCAAACAAAACCUGUACCACUUCUUCGAGUGAAACCAAAAGAUGAAAUUAUUUUUGUUUGUGCCCAAGAAUCACUUUACAUAUUAUGGACAUAUGAAUUCAAAGUAUUUGAAUCAUGUUCAAUGUGGUUAAAUGAUAAUCUAAUGGUUAAUCUUUUAUUAAGAUGUCCAGAUAAAUCAAAUCGAAAAUUACAAAUGCGUCAAAGUAAUAAUAAUAUUCCAAAAGAUAAAUUGAACUUGAAAUAUUCCCAAAAUUUAUUUAGUAAAAAUCAAUCAAAUUUAAUGGAAAAUAGUUCAAUAGUUAAAAAUCACUAUAUAAAAUUAAAUAGAUAUUCUGAACGUUCUACAAAAAUAUUCAAUAAACGAUCGGCAUUAUCAUCAUCAUCAUCAUCAACAUCAACAUCUUUGAAGUCAUUAAUUUCACAUUCUCCAUUAAUUGACCGUAAAAAACAUCCAUCACAAUUUACAUUAUUAGUAGAAGAAUUUGCAUGGGCUAAUGGAAAUCCAAGUUUUCCUGUUAAUCGUCCAGUUUAUUUUCUUGCUCAACCUAGUGUCUGCCAUUCAAGAAACAUGCGACUGGGAAUCGUGAACGGGGAUUUCACUGGAUUGCUAUCUGAUCCAUAUGUUAAUCGAUUUCAAACACUUUGGUUCACAAAUAAUUCUGGUCUUAUCCCAUCACUAAAACAAAAUUCAUCAUUUUUAUCAAAAUCAGAUUCAAAUAAUUAUGAUCAAAGUAUACAAAAGAAUAUUUUACCAAAUGAUAAGCAAAGUUUAUGCUCAGCUGCUUCAACCUCAUCAUCAUCUUUGUCUAUUGUAAAUGGUUACUUUAAAAACUUAACAAAGAUUCUACUUGUUAUGGAUUUUAUUAUUCCAAUCAUAAUAUUUUACAUUUGUUUAAAUUAAAUGGAAUUGUACAUUUA